AUGGUUUCUUUCAAGGUUUCCAACGUCCUUGCCCUCGCCGCCGCUGUGGCCGCCGCUCCCACUGAGCUCCUUCAGUCUCGUGCCACCGUGGCUCACGAUUCCAUCAGUCCUGUUGCCCAGAGGAUUCAGACUGGCGGUCUCGGGAAGGUCAUCGAGACCUUCAACCCACUCCUCCAUAUCGCUCAUGGCUGCCAGCCAUACCCCGCCGUUGCCGACAAUGGUGACAUUAGCGGCGGUCUCCAGGACACUGGCAGCGCGACUGGCGGCUGCCGCGACCAGAGCAAGGGUCAAACUUAUGCUCGCGCCGGCACCGUCGACGGCAAGACGGUUAUCAUGUACUCUUGGUAUUUCCCCAAGGAUCAAACCACCAGUGGUGACGUCGCCGGAGGCCACCGUCACGACUGGGAGAACAUUGUCAUUCAGGUCGACGACCCAAACGCGGCCACUCCCAAGGUUACUGCUGGCGCCGCGUCCAGUCACAGCGGCUACAGCAAAGCCAACGGCGUUCCUCCCAUGGAGGGCAACAGCCCCAAGGUCGAAUACUUCACCACAUUUCCUACCAACCACGAACUCCAGUUCACUCAGACCACGGGCAAAACCUACCCUGUCUCUGACUGGGAUGCUCUGCCCGCCGCUGCCAAGACUGCUCUUCAGGAUGCCGACUUUGGAAAGGCCAAUGUUCCCUUCAAGGACGGCAGCUUCGAGAGUAAGGUCCGUGAAGCUUUGGCUUAA